AGUUAGAAUCUAAUGGAAUACUACAAGGAGACUCUUUUUAUCCAUCCAGCCAUCCAUCAGUCAAUCAGUUGAAUUCAUUUACCUAUUACAAUUUAUUUGGCUUAUCUCUAAAAGAACCCAGUAAGUUCUCACAACCAAACAUGGUCAAGGGAUUUUUUUAAGCUCUCACAGUUUCCCUUGUUCAGAGAAUUUAGAGCAUCAUCAUAAGCAAAUCUCCGAACGAAUCAACCACGUCUUUAUCAAGAUUGCUCUGUGUUCUUGAUUAACCUAUGGGUUUUUUAGUUUCUGCAUAAAUGCUUACAGUGCAAAUAGCUUCCAAGAAAAUGUGCAUUUAUGACCGCCUUUCAUGUGUAUAUAUAUAUUCACUGGAGUAUAAGGAUUUUAGACUGCAGACGCAACCUGAAGAAUCUCUCUGACUCGACUCAACUUUUCAAAACAAGAUGAAGGUUAUGAUUGUGCUUCUGGCGGCUGUUGCGUUUGCCUACGGGUUAGCUCAUCCAAAUCUAAGGCAUAUAAUAAAUGAAGCACAUACGUUAACCCAGAUGGUAACUCAGAUGGAGGGGUGCGAGUCUGUCUUUGUGAAAGAUCUUAUGAACGGCACAGCGCGCUGUGAGGCUCUGUUUUUCUGUCAGGCCGAGAAAGUUCUGACUGAGGUUAAGUUGAAUGCAGUUACUUGUAAACCCUCUGUUAAUAAACUGAUCAGGAACCUGAAGAGCUACAAUAAUGAGAUGAACUGCACAGUCCCAACCAAAGGGAAUGAAAUAAUCAUCCGUUCAUUCUUAGAGGAUCUGAAACAAUGUGCAAAAAAGGUCUUCUCCCGCCCUUAGCUUUCUCAAUAGCUUCUACUUUAAUUUAUGAAAUUGCAUGUUUAUAUUGGCAUUAAGGCUGUAUGGGUAUUUAUUUUUGUAUUAAUGUUUUCAGCAUUGUUAUUAAAAUAAAUGUAUUGCAAUAUACUGGAGUUAUUUAAAAAAAAAAAACUUAUCAACAUUUUAUUGGAAUAAAAAUAAGUUUAAGGAUUUUUUUGGACUCCAGCAACUCAUUUUCAUCAGUGUUUAUGAGGUACUUUACAGGUGUCUGAUAUGACGGCUUGCAAACUAUCAGUAGCAUAAUGACUAAUGAGGUGACAUUUCAAACAGCAUCUUCUGGUAAUUGGGCUAAAAUGCAGCUGUUGUUUAUUUUUAAUCUGAAGAUUUUCAUCUGUGCAUGUAAUAAAAAAAAAUCAUUUUAAUGUCAACAAAUUUAUUUUUUUUAAUUGUUUCAAGACAAUAAAUCACCUAAGGGUGCUUUAAUUGGCAUUUCAUGAUUAAGCGAUGUAUUAAACCGUGAUGGCGCUAUCAUGUGACCCAAGUGUCUACAGUAAUUUAAUGCCUUUACUAAAUAUAUAUAUAUAUAUAUAUAUAUAUAUCACAUUGGUCAUCCUCAUCUAAUGACGUGUCUCACUAGAAGGUUGUUUGCAGGACUGCCUAAAAAACAGAUUGUAUAAAAGUUUAUACCUUUAGGUGACUAUGAUAAAAUCCAGAUGAUUUGAAAAUUUAGUCCAAAAUUUAUUAGGUAAAAAAGAUAAUAAAUACAAAUAAUGAAAUACACUGAAAUCAGGUAACACUUGAAUGUGUGUUACAGAUGCCUUUGUGCAUCUGUGUGUCUAUGAAAAAUACUUUAAUAAUUGUGAAUGUGGGUGAACGUCCACUUAAAGGGCUGCACAUAUUAUUAAUGUGUCUAAUAGUUUUGUCUUUCCACACAUCAGUAGCCAAAGUGCAUAAGUGUUGGUGUAUCCAUCAAAUAAAUCUGCCCUUGAGUCGUAAGAUUGUGUAUACCUUUUGUGUCCCAUGUGUCCUUAGAGUAGUGAGAAAAUGAAUUGGACCGUUUGCUGUCAUUUUUAUUACAUGAAUUAUUGUAGUUGUGGGAAAAUGUUCAAGUUCUGUAAGAGAGCAAGCAGAGAGGUAGAGUUGGAGAUGAUGGUAAUGAUGAUGAUGAGAGACACGUGGCAAUCCUCUCUGUUCUGUAUGUCUGUGCUCUGGACAC